GGUUCGUCGCGGCAGUUCCAAGGCCAAAGCGAGACGACCUUACUGCGCACGCGCACCAAGCAGCCGAUGGAGCUACAGAUGGAGCCGUCCGGAGGGGAGCAAGAACCCAGAGCCAUCAGGCUUCUGGACCUGCCCUGGGAAGACGUGCUGCUCCCACAUGUCCUGAACCGGGUCCCGUUGUGCCAGCUGCUCCGGCUGCAGCGCGUUAGCCGGGCCUUCGGGGCCCUAGUACAGCUGCACCUGGCCCGGCUGCGCCGCUUCGACGCCGCUCAGGUGGGUCCGCAGAUCCCGCGGGCCGCAUUGGCUCGGCUGCUGCGUGACGCCGAGGGGCUGCAGGAGCUGGCCCUGGCGCCAUGUCACGAAUGGCUGUCGGACGAGGACCUGGUGCCUGUGCUGGCGCGGAAUCCGCAGCUGCGGAAUGUGGCUCUGGCUGGCUGUGGGCAGCUGAGUCGCCGCGCGCUAGGAGCGCUGGCCGAGGGCUGCCCCCGCCUGCAGCGCCUGUCGCUCGCGCACUGUGACUGGGUGGACGGGCUAGCGCUGCGUGGCCUCGCCGACCGCUGCCCGGCACUGGAGGAGCUGGAUCUCACCGCCUGCCGCCAGCUGAAGGACGAGGCCAUCGUGUACCUAGCGCAGAGGCGCGGAGCCGGCCUCCGCAGCCUCUCACUGGCUGUCAACGCCAACGUGGGGGAUGCCGCGGUCCAGGAGUUGGCUCGCAACUGCCCGGAACUCCAGCACCUCGACCUCACCGGCUGCCUCCGCGUUGGAAGCGAUGGCAUCAGGACACUGGCCGAGUAUUGCCCGGCGUUGCGCUCGCUGCGGGUGCGGCACUGCCACCAUGUGGCCGAGCCUAGCCUGAGUCGCUUGCGGAAGCGCGGAGUGGACAUCGAUGUGGAGCCGCCACUGCACCAAGCCCUGGUGCUGCUGCAGGAUAUGGCGGGCUUCGCACCUUUUCUCAACCUGCAGGUCUGACCUGCCUACCGGUUGGAGCACAGCUGGACUGUGUGGCUGGGGCCUGACAUUGAGCUGUAGGGAAACUGAACUGUGGGAACCUCUGGUGAGAAGCCAGUGCCCUGCCCCACCCUGGAGCUUCAAAUAAAGAGCUUUUUACCCCCU